GUUCAAUAAGUUCGUGCUGACAGGCUACCGGCCGGCCAGCAGCGGCUCGGGCUGCCUGCGCAGCCUCUUCUACCUGCACAACGAGCUGGGCAACAUCUACACACACGGGCUGGCCCUGCUGGGUUUCCUGCUAUUGGUGCCGAUGACCUUGCCCUGGGGUCAGCUGGGCAAGGAUGGCUGGCUGGGGGGCACACACUGUGUGGCUUGCCUGGCCCCCCCUGCAGCCUCAGUGCUGUAUCACCUCUUCAUGUGCCACCAAGGGGGCAGCCCUGUGUAUGCCCGGCUCCUCGCUCUGGAUAUGUGUGGAGUCUGCCUCGUCAAUACCCUCGGGGCUCUGCCCAUCAUACACUGUACCCUGGCCUGCAGGCCCUGGCUGCGCCCAGCUGCCUUGGUGGGCUACACUAUGCUGUCGGCCGUAGCUGGCUGGCGCGCCCUCACAGCGCCCUCUACCAGUGCACGGCUCCGAGCUUUUGGUUGGCAAGCUGGGGCCCGCCUACUGGUGUUUGGGGCCCGAGGAGUAGGGCUGGGUUCAGGGGCUCCAAGCUCCCUGCCCUGCUACCUGCGCAUGGAUGCACUGGCACUGCUCGGAGGGCUGGUGAACGUGGCCCGCCUGCCAGAGCGCUGGGGUCCUGGCCGCUUCGACUACUGGGGUAAUUCCCACCAGAUCAUGCACCUGCUCAGCGUGGGCUCCAUCCUCCAGCUGCACUCCGGUGUUGUGCCUGACCUACUCUGGGCCGCUCACCAUCCCUGUUCCCCGGACUGAGCUGCCUUCUGCCUGCCUGUGGCCUCUUGGGGCCAAUAAUGCCACUGUCCCUCCUUCUGCUGGUCUGCAAGGGGCAGGCUCCCUGGAUGCUACCAGUGCACAGGACUUCCAAGCUGAGAUUCCUUAUCUUUUUCCCUGUGGAAAAACCUCUCCUACCCAGGCCUGGAAUUCCAACUUCCCUUCCUGCUUUGACUUCUCUACUAUCAGCUGGAAGGACAUCCCCCACACCUCUUUAUCUCUGUGACUUGUAAGGGUUGGGUAGAGGGACUCUGGAGUCGAAUCUCGCUGACAUUUAGAAUCCUGCCAAUUUAUGCCAUAAUGGCCUCCCUGCCAGUCUAGAGCCAUCACCUUAUCCUGCCCUUCCCAUAAGAGGCCAGCCCCUCUGCCCAUGCUUCAUGUCCUCCAUCUGUCCCCCUUGCAUGCCUCCCUAGCAGCCAGAAGCUCCCCUCUCCUGUCCAAGAGACUGGAGUAAGGGUACGGGGCAGCAGAACCACCCCCGUUUCCCAGAAUCAUGUAGACACCAGCCCUUCUUGAAUCAAGUGGCCAAGAGACAGGAGGGCAGUGGCUGCUUUUCCCACACAACAGGCACAGAUGUACAGUGAGUGACUCCAGACGCAGCCCCGCUGAAGUACCAUGGUUUGAUGAUCCAACCUGUCCACUGGGGACAUGCUCACUCAGGAAAUCUUUGCUCCACACAGUGUGUGGCUCCAGGCCUCUGGCCUGAGGCUGGGAUAACGGGGCUCUGCAGCAGGGCUCAGCCUCAGGGCUGGAUCUUUCCAGAGGCCCAAGACCCUGGGCAACAUUAAUAAAGCGACAGGAAGCAUUGUGUUGCUACUCGA